CGAGUUUAAAGGCAGAGCAUAAAAACAGCUGUGACACAGAGAGACACAGAGAAGAGCUGUACACAACCUCACAUCCGCUGCCCCCUGCUGUUCUGUCGUUGUACAAACAUGAGAAUUCGUUCCGGCUCCGCAGACUCCAACAGCGGCACCCUCGGGUUCAACUCCCAGUCGGAGGUUUCCGGAAGGGGCGGGGUCAGGGGUCGCUUCCGGAGGCUCUUCGGAGGAAACAAGAGCCCCACAAACCCCACCCCUGCUAAUGCUAACGGUAACGCUACAGACGGGAUCCUGCCCACUGCUGAAGAGCCAGAGGAGCUCUACACUUUUCAGGAGCGUCUGGAGCAGCAGUGUUUCUCUGAGGCGAGUCAGAUCCUCAUCAACGAAGAAAACAAACUAUUUCUGCAAAAGAACGAAUCCUACUCACUUCAGGACUACAACACCGCCAUCGAAAAACUACAAAACCAACACCAGGAGCUAGAGGAAGCCAUUCUGAAAACCAUCCGUCUUUCUCUCAACCCCGGAGAAGUUAGUCCAGAGGCUCUAACGUCAGCCGUGAAGGCCAUACGCAAAGAAAUAGACCAAGAUAACGCCUGGAUGCAAGAAGCACAAGCUGAAAAACCCAAAUGGCGUCCGAGUAAAUUAGAAACUAAGCAUGAGAAGGUGUUGAAGUUCAUGGUUGAAGAAAGACUGGACAAUCCGACGGCGCAGUGCUCGUCUCCUGAAGCGGUGCAGGGUUCCUCCAUCCAGGCAGACGUGUUGGCGAUGGGGAGGCAGCUGAAGGAGGACCUCAAGACCGUGGUGGAGACGGUCCGAAGAUGUUAUCCGGAAAAGAUGGACAUCUGUAACUUCUACGCCAACAUCUUUCAUAAUGUUUUCGGGGUGCGGCUACGCAAAAUCGCAGAGUUCGGAUUGGACGAUAAAGAUUGUACCUUCAUACUGCGAUGGGUCAACGAGUACUACCCACAAAUUCUUCAGAAACCAGCUUUAUCUGAACACAUCCGAGCAGCUGAUCUAGGCAAACUCCUGCCUCCAUCUCUCCUGCAGCCUCUGGAAGAACAAUACUUCACCAAACAACAGUCUGAUAUGUUGACGUACAUUGGUGAAGUGUUGAGUGAGGCUAAGCAGAAGUGGACCAGCGGAGAAAUGCCCAAAACAGAAGACGGCUGCUUCAUCAGUGACACGGCCAUCUUCAUCAUCGAGGUGGUGAACGGAGGUGUGACUUCAGCAGAGACGGUUUUGGCCGAUCGGACGAAAGCUCAGAGUCUGACCACGCUCCUCCCAGAACUACUGCAGAGUUAUAAGUCUUUUCUGGACGACGUCAUCAAAAGCUCCAAGCCCAUCACUGGUCCAACUGUGAAAGCAAAUCUCCACUGUAUAGAACAGUUCAGUAACGUCCUGAAGAGGAAAAGGUUCUUGUUUCCAGAUGAAGUCCGAGAUCAGAGUCAGUUUAUCCUCAAAGAAAUGCAGACGUCUGCUCACAGCUACCUGCUCAAACCAGUGCACACCCAGCUCAAGCCUCUCUACAGGAAGCUGAGCAGUGAUUGGCUGAAAGGAGAUAACUUGAAGAAGCUUCUGGAAAACAUUGAAUCCAAAAGUUUGGAUCUUCAGGGCCUCGCCAGGGCCAGUCACCAGGAGCUGAUGGGGACGUUCCACUUGGACGUGUCUGUGGAGUACGUCAAAGGACUGAUCAACGGAGACAGGUUCAAGGACGCCAAGAAACAAGAGCAGGCCCACGACGCCGUCCACAGAGACGCCCAACUGCUCCAGCAACUCUUCACCAAACUGGGUUCUCAGGAGGAUUGGUUAAAAGACGUUUUGCUCAGAAUCGCAGAAUUGCUCAGACUUCAAGAACUUCCUGCUAUUCAGACAGAAGUGUUCACCAUGGGAACCUUGUACCCAGACAUCAGUGAGAAGCAUGUUUCAGCGAUUCUCAAACUCAAGUCCAACUUCACAAAAGCCAACAGACGAACUGUGAAAGAAACUCUACGAGACGUGCUCAACGAAUCUGCUACUACUACUACUACUACUAGUACUACUUUGGAAAAUACACGGUCCUUCUUCUCUCUUCUCACUCUUUAGUUUCUGUUGUUUAAUAUUUCAUGUGUGCGGAGGUGGGUAGUACUUUUAUGUUACAUUUACUCAAGUCACUAUUUAAAGAUAUUAUACUUUUCAGGUACUUUUCCAGCAGCAUACUUUUACUUCUACUUGAGUAAUAUUUGUACUGAAGUAACAGUAUUCUUACUUUAGUUCCAUUAGUUGUGCUUCCUCUUCUCACGGUGGUUAAGGCUAAAGUGACAAAAACUUUCUGUGACAAUCUGAAAUGAUCUGAACAUUUGUGUUUCUUAUUUUGACUUUCUACUUCUACUUGAGUAAUAUUACUUGAAGUAACAUUUGGCUACUCUGCCCACCUCUGAAUGUACAAAGUGAAAUCUUAUACAGAUGUAAAUAGAUCAUGUUAUUGUUUUAAAAGUGUAUAUUUUGCUUCAUGUACAAUAAUGAGGAUAAGAAAUGUGUUAUGCAGUAUUAAAAGUUUGUAAUAUAUAGUUUUUACCUCUGAAAAUAGAAUAAAACAAAUCAAAAAUGA